GGAAAAGCAUCCCCAUGUUAAGUUAGUGGCUGUUCAUGAACCCUUUGGAGCACAUGCAAAAGAUUGGUCUCUCUGUAAAGGCAUCCAAGAGGAGGUCUCUGAAGAAGAUGCUGAGAACAGAGCGCGAUGUUGUGGAAGAAUGGCUCUCCGAAUUCAAGACCUUACCAGAAACCCAAAUCCGCAGCUACGCCGGCAGCCUUCACCUAAAAAAGUCCCUGGUUCCAGCGCUCUACAGAGUCAUCCAGGAUCCAAACAACGAGCUACUGGAGCCUGUGUGUCACCAACUGUUCGAGCUUUACCGGAGCUCGGAAGACCCUCUGCGACGUUUCACCCUGCAGUUCCUGCCUGAACUGGUGUGGGUUUACCUUCGCCUCACUGCCAGCAGGGACCGUCAAAGCAACGGCUGCAUCGAGGCCCUCCUCUUGGGCAUCUACAACUUGGAAAUCGUCGACAAAGAUGGCAACAGCAAACUUCUUUCCUUCACAAUCCCCUCCCUGUCAAAACCAUCAAUAUAUCAUGAGCCUUCUAGCCUGGGCUCCAUGGCUCUGACAGAAGGAGCUCUCUGCCAACAUGACCUGAUCCGAGUGGUUUACAGCGGCCUCCACCCUCAGAGAGAAACCUUCACAGCACAGAACAGGUUUGAGGUGUUGUGUUUCCUCAUGCUCUGCUACAACUCCGCCGUGGUCUACAUGCCCCUCUCUUCCUAUCAGUCCGUCUGCAGGAUGAGCUCACGAGUGUGCGUUUGUGGCUUCCCUCGACAACAGCAGAAGCUUUGGAGGGAACCGUGCAACCGCGUGCUGCUGGAUCCUGAGUUCAUGGUGCAGAUGCUGAGUGCUGUUUAUCACGCUAUUUACAAUGGAGAGUGGGAGAUGGGGCAUGAAGCUCUGGAGGACAUUGUGUACAGAGCCCAGCUGGAGCUCUUCUCCCAGCCCCUCCUGCUGGGGAACGCCAUGAAAAACUCUCUGCCGGAAAGCGCUCCCGACGAGCCGCGUGGACGCAAGGUGCUUCAGGUGGAGGUGACGCCCACCAUCAGCCGUAUAUCCAUCUCGGCAAUCACCACUGCCUCCAUACGGCGCCACCGCUGGAAGAGAGAGGACGCUGAUGGGAUGAGCGGAGGGGAGGAUUCCUUCAACAUCAACGACCCAGACGAAGGCUUCUCCUCAGGGGCGUCCAACAGCAGCCAGCCCAGCGGCACUAAGUGUGGUGGCGGCGUGGGGCCGAGGGGCGGCAGCCUGAACAGCAGCAGUAGCAGUAUUAAGAAAGCCAUUGCGGCCCGCCUGUCUCGGGACAAGGAGAAGGAGAAGGAAAGGGAGCGAGAGAGGGAGGCAGAAAAACAGACAGAAAUGUCUGUGGAUCAGCAGGCUGCCGGAACAAAACACCACCAGAGGCAGCAGUCGCCCCCAGACAGCAUCAAAUUGGACGCCAUCCACCUCAGUCCCAUAAAGAAGCACCUGAGCUUCCCUGCAGGGCCCCCACGGGUGCGGACUGGCAGCGCCUCAUCCAGCAAGUCCUUUGACUGCAUGAACUUCAACUUGAAUGGAGGCGAGGACGAGCAAGAGGAGGCGGCAGGAGGCUCUGAAAGGGUAGGGCUUCUAGCCGGGAGCUCGCACCGCCUCUCCACCACGAGCCUGCAGGAGGAGCACCUGAACAGGCCCGAGGAGGCCCAGGCCCUCCUGAACCCUGGGGCUCCUCUGACCAAGCAGUCCCGCUCCCCGAGCUUCAACAUGCAGAUCAUAUCACAGGUCUAAUGUCCAGCCCAGCAGAAGACACGCACACACAUAGCUGUUCAGAACACCCACAUACAUUCCCAGCUCCCCCCAGCAGCACCACAGUGAUCAUCUCAGUUCAUAUAUUUGUGUGAGAGUAGGAACAGAUCUUCAGAUCUUCGUUGACAUCUAGCAGCUGUUACUGGUGACGUUCAGAUGCUAAAAAGUUCUGAUAGUCGCUGUAUCUCCGACCAA